AUGGUUGCCGAAUGGGGGGAAGAUGGUGCCGAAGGUGGAAACCCGUUCUCGACCGUGAUCGGCCCGGCUGAGCGAUUGCAGCCGUCGCCGGCAGCUGUUCGGACGCUGUACCACCUAAACCUGUGGAGUCUGCUGGUGAAUGCGCUCGUGCUGGCCGGUUCACUUCUGACCCUCGGCUACGUGGCGUGGAAAUGUGGAAAAAGGCGUCAUAAUCUGCUGGCUUUGCAUAAUUUGCGGUCAAUCGUGUUGCUGGCGGCGUUGCUCGUCGCUCUCGGCGAAAUUGGGCACCAGUGGCUGACCGUCGGUCGGUUGGAGCUGGUUCGAACCGGCAGCACCGACCCGGCCCGGCCGGAUCCGGAAGCGCACUCUGCUCAAUCGGAAGCAUUUGGGACGACAAUGGCUACGACUUCGAACCGGUCGAUCGGUGGUGCUGUUGAUGCUGAUGCAGAUGCAGUCGGGUGGAAAAUGGCUACGUUCGGAUUGGGGGCCGCCUGGUUCGGCCUCCUUGCACCGGUCGGAUUGGCCAUGCUCGUCCGAGCCAUCGAGCGUCGAGAUAAAUGUGGACUAUUAUACAUCGCCCUGGCAUCCGAAGGCGCCCAGUCGAUAGUGCGGUGGUGCAAAUUUAAAUAUAUCAACGAUGUCACGGACACUGUCACCGGGCCCACCGCGGGCUCCAGCAUCCUUGGCUCGCCGGAAGUCUUCCUGACGCUGGCCGGCGCCCUGACCGCGACGACGCUGGCCACCAUCGACGGGUUUACGCUCUACCUCGAGCAAAACUCCGGACGCCGGCACGUUUCAUCGAUAAUGUCGGGCGAGAAGCGGCCCGGCUUCAAGACGCCCCAUUCGCCGUUCCUGUCGAAAAUCACUUUCCACUGGAUCGUGCCGCUGCUGUGGCGCGGCUACCGGGAGCCGCUGGAGCUGGAGAGCCUCGGGAGCCUGCACGAGAAGGACACCAGCCGCUAUCACUACGAUCAGUUUCUGUUCAUUUAUCAAAGCUACAAGAGCGUCCGAGCGUCCCUGUGGCGUUGCUACGUGCGCAACGGCUGGCGGAUGUUUCUCGUCGGCGGAUUCCUCAAGCUGACCGGGGACCUGUGCGCCCUGGUGGGACCACUUUGCAUUUCCAAUAUCGUCGAUUACAUCGCGGCUACGCAGGGCCGCUUUCCGUCGGUUGCGUCCUUAAUUUUGGGCAACGAAACGGCGUCCCGGGAGGGGCGGCAGACGACCACGCUCGGUGACGGCUUGGGUAAAUCAAAUCAAUCACCUGGGACGCAAACGGUCGGGCUGGAAUCGAACGUCGGUCCCAUUACCUGGUCCACGCUGCUCGCUAAUGGCUGGAUCGUGGCCGUACUGGUGCUGGUGGCGUCGCUUGCGCAGGGAACGCUUUCGCAGGCCAGCACGCAUCUGAUGGACGCGGAGGGCAUUCGGCUGAAAAAUGCCCUCCAAGGGCUGGUGUACCGGAAAACGUUGCUGCUCAGCUCGAGCUGCUUUCACUCGGUGCAGGAGAGGCGCGGCACGCUGGUGGUCGGCGGUAGGCCGCAUCAAAGCAACAAACCACGCACCAAAAGUCUCGACGAGGGCGGAUGGCACGGUGGCGGGGAGGAGCAGGCAGGGAAGGAAUCCCGGAGGACUGUCAACAAUCGGGCGGCAACGGUAGCAGAUGCCGAACGCAUCCAGGCCGAUGCGGAAGUGAUGCACCAUAAAACACUGCCCUCCGACAAGAUGGCUGCCCAGGCGGAGGGAGGGGGCAGUGGGAAUGGAGGCAGCAGGAGCGACGCAUCCAUCGAUGUCAAUCGGGUUCAACAGUUUGCCGACGGGUCGGAGGCGCACACAAGCGCCGGCCACAAAACAUCCCCCGAGAGCGAAACCGAGGAAAAUUCGGUGCGUGAUGUUCCGGAAAGUGCAACGCCAGCAAGCGAGCAGCGGCCCGGAAAUGCACCAUCGAGGGAUGCAACCGAACCAUCGGGUGGGACAUCGACGGGUGGACAGGAGCCCGCCAGGACCUUCGCACAUGAUGCCGGCACCAUCACCAACCUCAUGUCGGACGACGCGUUCAACGUGAUGUCGUUCGUGAAGAUGGUGCACUACGUUUGGGCCAUUCCGCUGAAGAUCGCCGUCGUGAUGUACCUGCUCUAUCGGCAGCUGGGGAUAAGCACCGUAAUUGGGUCGGUCGUGUGCAUCGUCACGAUGACUCCGCUGCAAAUACUCAUCGGCAAGCUGAUGGCGGCGAACUCGAAGAAAGCAUCGGAGUGCACCGACGAGCGGUUGCGGCGCAUCAACGAGGUGCUGCUGGGGAUAAAAUUAAUUAAACUGAACGCAUGGGAGGGUGUAUUCAAAGAUAAAAUUUCCCAGGCCCGCCACCAGGAGCUUCGCCAUCUCGACCUGGACUCGAUCUACUGGACGCUAAUGAUGCUCCUGACGCACAUCUCCUCCGUGCUGAUCACGAUCGUGACGAUCGCCGUCUUCCUGGCGCUGGAGAACAACCCGAUCGAGCUGACCGCAGGCCGUCUGUUUGCGUCGCUGGCCCUCUUCAACCAGCUGACCGUGCCGCUGUUCAUCUUCCCCAUCACCAUCCCGGUGACGCUGUCGGCCAUCGUGAGCACGGGCCGGCUGGAGGCAUUCCUUGGCCAGCCGGAGGUGGAACGCGGUUCGCUCGAAGGCAUCCGCACGAUGGCACGCAUCCUGAGCAAGAGCGACGCCUCGCUGGACAUGUACGAGGCGGGCGACUCGACGGAUGGCGGCAGCGAAGCGGAUCCAUUGCACAAACCCGUCGACCGAUUGACCAAUGGACAGGAAAGUGCUAAAACGAACGAUAAUGUCACCGUCACCGGGGCGCCGGUGUGUGAAGCGGACCGAGAACCUGCUGACACUGCUCCUCUGAGCGGUGAACGAAGGUGCACCGCCAGCCAGCAGUCGUCCGUCAGCUCGGGCCGGUCGGAAAAGGGCACCCAACCGGAACGCGACCGGGCGGGGGGAGGGGGACGUCCGAAGAAGUUCCAGAAGUCGACCGGACCAAACCCUCGGGUGAAGCUGAAGAAGAACAGCCAGCUGUCGGUCAGUGCGCGGUUGGAAAAGUGUCGCCAGAAGCAGAAGCAUCUGGCGCGCGAGAUGCGCUUCGGGCUGCCGGACGAUGUGGCCGUGCUCCUUAAGGACGCCCGCUUCCGGUGGGUGGGGGGUGGUGGGCGUAUGGCUGAACCAACGGGUGGAACAACUGAUCCAGCCAUCUACACGCUGUACAUCGAGCAGCUAACGAUUCCGAAAGCCAAGCUAACCGUCAUCGUCGGGCGCAGUGGGAGUGGAAAGUCGUCCCUGUUGGCAGCGUUGCUCAAGGAAAUAAAUCAUCUUUCCGGCGAACUGCUCUGGAAUAAAUAUUCGUCGAUUGCGUACGUGCCGCAAAAACCGUGGCUCCAGAACGCCACCAUCCGGGAGAACGUCCUGUUCGGCGAGAGCUUCCGGCCGAAGCGGUACGACCGUGUGCUGCGCGCCUGUGCGCUGAAGCCCGACCUGGACCUGAUGCCUGCCGGCGAUGGGACGGAAAUUGGCGAACGUGGCCUCAAACUGUCCGGCGGUCAGCGGCAGCGCAUCGCCAUCGCCCGGGCCCUCUACUCGUCGGCCAACGUGGUCAUUCUGGAUGAUCCACUGUCGGCCCUGGACAACGAGGUUGCGACGUACGUUUUCGAGCACGGCAUCGACCGGAUGCUGUCACGCCAGAAACGGACCAUCAUCCUGGUGACCCAGCGCGUCCAGCUGGUGCACCGAGCGGACAAUAUUGUCGCAAUGGAGCAGGGCGCGGUCAGUGCAACAGGUUCGCUGACGGAAAUCGAGAACAAUUAUCCGCACAUCCUGCGGGAGUGGAACGCAAUUAUCGCCAAGGAGCAGCAGCGGCAGUCGAGCGAGGCACAAUCGAGUCCGGGACGUACGGCACGCGAGCGGUGGAAGCUGUUUAAGAACAUUUCACGCAUCGGUUUUCAACGAAGUCAUGCCGCGGAGGAAAACGAUUUUAUGGAGCGCACAUUCUACCUUUCCCGAACGCUGGCGAACCGGGGAACCCUCUUCGGAUCACGACUAGCCGCGCACGACUUUCCGCUGCCGAUCGAAGACUGCCACGAGCCGAACGUCGCCCUUCGAAGGCACUUUUCCAGCCGGCUGCGAAAGGACUCACCCCCCGCCACGGCCCUCGCCAUCCAGAGGGAACCGCUCGCGGUCAUCGGUAAUGCCGUCGCGCAAGGACAUCAGAGCGUAUUUCGAACGUUCUCUCUGCAGACAGGCGUUGGGACGGGCAGCGGAGGUACCCAGGAGGCGACCGGAAGCGAACCAAACGCUGCCCAGCGACAACCUGCGGUCGUGGUGCGUCACGUAUCCUUUCCGACGGCGUUGACCGCCUUCAGCGCAGUUCGCCCGUUCCGCACCAGCAACACCGGCAACGAUGGCAACCAAUUCCGUGCGGGUCAGUUAGUUUCUUCCGUUUCCGGACUUCGAAGGAUCGAAGACCGCGCAAUACCGGACGAACAGCAGCCGGAAGGAUCCGAAACGGCCGAGAUGGACACAGGUGACCAGCGUCGCAGUGAGACGGGUGCAAAUAGUAACGACGAGCUGAAGCGUAGCUCCAUCGGAUUCCGGAUUCCAGAGUUUCUCCGAAGGAUGUCGUUCCGGGGGCGACGAUUCUCCAACCCGACCGAAUUUGGCCGUCCGUACGCGGAACGGAACGCGACGCGGGGCUCCUGCACCCGGAAGACCAGUUCGCUAAAGAGCAUUCCGAAGGAACGACACCGUUCGAUAAGACGCCUCCUGUCGACGAUUUCACGGCACAGCCAGGACACCGAGGAAUCAUCCGUGGACGGCGAGGGCGAAGUGUCGAAUCGGCUGCUGUACGACGACGAGCGCAAAUAUGGCCGCAUUCCAACCCGCCUGUACUGGCUGUAUCUGAAAUCGUGCGGGCCCAAGAUGGUGGCCAUCUUCUUCCUCAGCGCCCUCGCCCAGCAGGCCCUCAAGGUGUACACCGACUUUUGGCUGCAGGAGUGGACGGAUCAGACGUCGGCCACGGUGGCAACGGCCCGGCUCGUCCGAGCCCGCGCCAACGUCCAGGAACCGUUCGAUAUCGAGCAGCACUUCCACAUCUACGUCACACUGUCGGCCGUAUGCAUCGUGCUGGCCGCCAUCUCCGUCCCGGCCGGGCAGCGGGCGGGCAGCAACGCCCGGAGGCGGCUGCAUCGGGAGCUGAUUGCAUCGGUGCUGCAGAAUUCCAUCCAUUUCUUCCAAUCCGUGCCCCUGGGGCGGAUCAUGAAUCGGCUCAGCGUCGACAUCGCCGUCGUCGAUAAGAAAAUCGCUGCAACAAGUCAAAAGCUGCUACAAUUCAUCCUGCUGUGCUUGUGCGCCGUACUCAUAAACAGUGUCGUAACGCCGUAUUUCAUCCUGUUAACAAUACCAAUUUGUGGCAUUUACUACGUGGUGCAAAAAUUCUACCGUGCCUCGUCCAGGGAGCUGCAGCGCAUCGAGAGCAUCACCUACUCGCCCAUCCUGGCGCACUUCUCCGAGACCAUCGAGGGCGUGACGACGAUCCGGGCGUUCGGGCAGGAGGCACGCUUCAUGGAGGUCCUGUUCCGCCGCAUGGAGGCGAACAACGUGGCGCAGAUAGCGCUCAACUGUAGCAACCGCUGGCUGGGCAUCGCGCUGGACUACCUCGGGGCGGCCAUCGUGUUCGUGGCGAUCCUGACGGCGCUGAUAACGGCCAGCCUGCGCCCACACUCGACCAGCUCGUCGCUGAUCGGGCUGGCCAUCAACUACGCCAUGCUGGUGCCGAUCUACCUGAACUGGGUGGUGAAGCUGUUCGCCGAGAUGGAAAUGUAUGGCGGUGCGGUCGAGCGGAUCCAGUCGUUCAUUGAGACGGACGAGCGACGCGGGCCGGGACGGUUGCGAGCGGCUGAUGACUUCCCGCGCAGGCACCGACCAUUCUCCAGGGGCACCUCGGUGGGGCCGGGUGGAGCCCAGUCUUGUUCCUAUAAAAGCGUCCCGAUAUCCUGGCCACUGAAAGGCGACAUCGUGUUCGAGAACGUAUCGUUACGGUACGAGAAUCAAAAGGAGAACAUAAUCGCAAAUUUGAAUUUAACCAUCCCGGCGGGCCAGCGGCUCGGUAUUUGUGGACGCACCGGCAGUGGAAAAUCGUCCCUUGCGCUGGCGCUGUUCGGAGCGCUGGAGGUGACCGGGGGUCGCAUUCUGAUCGAUGACGUUGACAUUGCCGGACUGCACACGGACGAGUUGCGCUCGCGGCUCUCAAUCAUCCCGCAGGAGGUGAUGCUGUUCGGGGGCAGCGUGCGGGAAAAUCUGGACCCCCGGGGCCACUUUUCCGACCUGGAGCUGUGGAACUGUUUAGAGCUGGCGCAGCUGAAGAGCAUUGUACACGCGUUGCCAAACGGUUUAGACACAAAAAUAUCCGACGACAAGCACUACUUCAGCAGCGGCCAGCGGCAACUGUUCUGCCUUGCACGGGCCAUCCUCCGUGGCUCGGUGUGCCUGGUGCUGGACGAAGCCACCUCGUCGCUCGACACCGACACGGAAAAGCUGGUGCUCCAGGCGGCCAAGAAAGCGUUCAAGGGCCGGACGGUCAUCACGAUAGCGCAUCGGCUUCACUCGCUGUUCGACUACGAUCGGGUGCUGGUGCUCGAGCAGGGCCGCAUCGUGGAGGACGGAUGUCCGCGGCAGCUGGCCGGGACGGCGGGCAGCAAGUUCGGUGCGAUGCUGAAGGCAAACGAUCACCAGCAGCACUCGAUAUUGGAGGAUGAUGGGUGAAAAAUGGGAUGGCGAUAGCCGAACACAACCGGAAGAAGGAUGCAGAUGUCAACGAACCUCCUUGGUUCUAGAGCCAAAGGAAUAAUUAAUGCUCUUAUAUCCGAUGCUUCGACAAGGGCGAGCCUUGUUUAGGGAGGGAACAUCGAAAAGAUGUUGUGCGAUGUUGUGUAAAUGGAUCGACAAAUAUAAAUACUUCAACAACACUGUUGUAAUAAAAACUCA